GCUGUAGAAGUCGGGUGGCACUGCAAACAAACUGUCAAAUGGACCCGGAAGGCUUAGGUGUAUAUAUUUGAAAUUAUAUAAGCAUUGUUUUAGGAUGCUUACUCUUUCUCGUGCUUUCCAUUUUCACACGGCUAAGAGCGCUGUGCACGUGCCGUACCUGCACAUUUUUCUCAACUUCAGGCGCAGGUUUUGGCAGUAGCUUCCAGACUUACCAGCUUCUCUAGUUUGUAGAUGACUUGACCAGUAGGGUAUUGCUGCAAACUGGAGUUGACGUGGUCUACUCUUUUAUUGUAUUGUUGUUGUCUGUUUUAUUGUGGUUGAUUCUUCCUUCUUUGGACUCUGACUACAAUGAAUAAGCAAGGAGGCUCCAAGUUUAAGAAAUUUUUCCACAAGAGCAAAUCAUCAGAAAACCAACCGGACAGUGAGGGUAAACUUAUUAAAAAGCAACCAAGUCGUCCUGGUGAUGCAGAACCCAAGAGUCCAAAUGCUGCGAAAAAGAAAACAUUUGGUUCAUGGCGCAAGAAGAAACAUCCAAACGAACCCUCCUCACCUGUAGGUGCAGGACCGGGUUUUACAGAUGAGACGGAGGACCUGGACAGCAGAAACAUAUCCUUUGAUGCAAUAAGUAUAAGAACAGAAAACAAUUUAACAUUACCCAAAAGUCCAUCAGACUGGGAAAUGGAUUCUCACACAACUACACCCUCUGCAACUAAAUCUAGAAAGAAUCGCUCUCCAGCAGAUGAUAAAAACAGAGUUUUUGACCGACUUGGGACAUUUUUCAGUUCCGGCAGGAGAAGAAAAAGCAAAGGGUCAUCUGAAGUUUCAGAGGCUGCAACUGAAGAACCUGCUCCAUUUGCGGAAUACACAGCCUCCCCCAGGCAGGAUGAGAGAGAGGGGAUCCAGAGAACAGAAGAUUUGCCUGAGUCUCGGGCUUACGCAGUGACAGCUUCUGGGGACCAACUCGAAAACAAAGACAAAUCUGCACAUACUGUAGAAGUAGGGUCUGUAAAGCAGGCCAUUAAACACAGAGAGGUCACCACACACAGUAGUAAACUACAGAGUUUUGAAAAGGUCAUUGACUUUUCACAGCAUUCUAAAUCAGUUCGCCAGGGUUCAUCCCUGAACAGCUCAAAGAGCCUUGUGAUUAACGUGGGUACUUCAACAAAGCUUCAGACAGGAGGAGAACAGAGGGUCGAAAGGAAUGUGAAACAUUUGAAAACCUUGCCUUCCAGGAAGGGGUCUGCUUCAGAUUCUGCUUUGGAAAAGACAGGAAGCCCAGGCAAGGACCUUCAUGUGUAUUUGGAAGAAAUAAGUGUGAGUAGUGCCACCAAAGGUUUACCAGGCCAAUCUGUAGGAAAAGAAUUCACAAGGAAGUCUGAUAUUGUUUCAAAAGUUGGCUCAAGAUGCCAAGAAAUUACACAGACAAAGGAGUUCGGAUUUCAAGAGCCCUCCAGCAUGAAGACAUCCAAGGAUAACCAGGACUUGCCUCCACCUGAGCUCGCUAGGGAGAGUCUGCUGGCACCCAUAGAAGUAUCCACUGCAUAUCAUGCAGUAAGUCAACGCAGUUUAUGUAAUGCUGAAACACCUUUAGCAAGAAAUGAACCAGAAUCACAAAGACUUAGAGAUUCUUCAGAAGUCAAACCACAGAAAGAAACAAGGGCUCUCACUGCUGAAGUAUUCCUACAGCCUGGUGGAGACUGUAGCCCUGGCCGCUCAGCUGGAGAAUAUCCUUUUGCGGAAGCUGAAGAAAUGAUAAGAAAGAAUAGACACAGUGGGGAUGGAAGGUCACUGAAAUCACCUGACAGUCAGCAGCCUGUUGAUGAGGAACCAGUAUGCAGCACAGAUAAUACCUUCUGUGAUGUCUCAGAAACGAAGAUCAGUGCUAUCAUGGGAAAUAAUGUUGAGGUUUCUGAGGAAGCACUUGAAGCAAGAAGCACAGUCUUGCUUAAUCAAGAGGGAAGGGUGGAAAGUAAUGUAAUCAAAUCACCAGAAAUGAUUAAGCAGCAACUCCCAAGCCUUGAGCUUCCCAGGAAAAAUAGAAUGGCUCAACACUCACCUCUGUCAGUGUUUGCUUUACCUGCUUCAAAGAAUACUCGGAGCAAAGAGUGUGCAUCAACAGGCAUCACAGUGCAGGCUGGACUUCAAAGCAACAUGCCAGCUGUAUCUACAACAAAAAACACACAGGUGGGAAAUGCAAACGAGGCUGGACACCGGGAAGACAGUCGGGUUGCAGUCAGUGUUGUGAAUGCUAAAAGUAAGCCCUCAGAGGGAGAAGCAACAACACUUUCAUUGGAAUCCACCAACACACCUUCUGAAGCACUUCACGCAGAGAAGGCUUUAUCCAGAAAAUCUAGUUUGCAAUUUAAAGUCACUCAGGGUGAAGCUGAAUACAAUAGAAAGGAUGUGAAAGAGGUGAUGAAAUCUGAAAUCAAAAUACCAUCUAAUCUCAAAAAAGUCAAUGUAGAAGUUAAAUCAACAGAGUCUAAAUUAUCAGAGCCUGGCAAGCUUAAAGGCCGGAUCAGCAUGUUUGAAAAUAAAGCAACAAGUUUCAAGGAAAAAGAAUUUUGUGUCACAAAAAACAUUGCAUUCUAUCCAAAAUUCUCUAAAAAAUUUACUGAAAGAACAAAACUGAAAAUUAAUCAGCCAUCUGAAUGCAAGCUAAUGGAAGGGGGAAAAAAGAUUGAUGGUCUGAAUAAAAGUAAUGAAGUGGAGGUAUGGAGAAAUAAUCAAGAGGAUCUGCAGACAGCAGCAGAGCAGCCAGACUACACUGAGAACACUGUCCAGUCUAAUACAUUUAAUAUGAAUCAGGCAUCCACUGAGAAGGCUUCUGUUGACUCUACUUCCCUGGGAGCUUCAGCGAAUGUCAAGACCACUACUGUGACAUCAAAGAGUUCUUCAGAAACAGAGGUUAUAGAAACUAAAGCACCCAUUGUCAUGAAAGAAGAACUUCUUUCUACAGUUAAUCCAGAAGCCAUUGUCUUUUUUAUUUCAAACAGAUCAGCACCUGGGACUUCAUCCAAAUGUCAAUCAUCAGAAGUAGUGACAGUGGCUAGUGGGGCGUUGUCCUCUGUUGAUGAAGGUAAAACAAAGGCACCAGCUAAAGAAGAAAAAAUGUUAGCUGGAGAUAGCAUAGCUAUGCAGCAAACUACAGUAAUUACCCAAAGUCAAGAACAGGUUACACAGGUAAAAAAUAAAGCUGCAACUGAAAAUACUUUCAUUGUGCAGGAAAGUACUGAACAACUCCUACCUGAUGCCAAACAGCAAAGAUUUACUGGAAUUGAUACCUGUAGACAGCAACUUGGCAGAAGUACGGCACAAAACCUUAAUAACUCGCCCAGUUCUGCACAGCCAACUGCAAAACAACAAUUAGAUUUGAAUAAUGUACCAAGAGAAGAGGACACCUCUGCAGUUUCACAGCUAAAUAAAAUAAUUCAAGAAAAAACUGAUACAAAAAACAAACGUCUUAUAUCUGUACUUGAUUUAAACACCGUUAAGCAACAGUCUAAUGAUCUUGUUGAUGCAAAAAUUGAAUUUUCUGCCUCAGAAAAGCACACCACAGCUAAGCAAAAAACUUCCAGUACUGUAGUGAAGACAGUAAGUGAAUUGCCUACAUCCGGACAGAAGAGUCCAAUUAAGGAACAAUCUGAUAUUAGUUUGCAGACGGGAAGCAAACUGCCAAAACCUGUUAAAAAAAGUACCUCUAAGCAGCUGUCUAUCAAUGAUACUGUGGAACAAGGAGCCAGUGAUUCUGGUCAGCAAAUGGCUACUGAGCAACAACCUGAGAGGAACUUUUUAAAAGUGGAAAAAGAUCCCCAUACUUCCUUACAGCAAAACACCACCAAGCCACAACCAGACAAUAUUAUAAAGACAGUAAGUGAACUGUCUACGUCGGAACAGAAGAGUCCUGUUAAGGACAAAUCUGGUAAUGUUUUACAAACUGGAAGCAAACUGCCUAGACCUGUUGAGAAAGGCCCCUCCAAGCAGCUGUCUAAUUAUGAUACUGUUAAUGCAGCAAGUGAAUCGGUGAAAUUGGUUCAGCAAGAUAGCACUGAGCAGCAGUCCAACAGUAACAUUUUACAAACAGUGAAGAAACUGAUUACCAGUACACAAUAUGAUAAUGUUAUAAAAGCAGAAAGUGAAUUGGCUAUGCCUGGGCAGAAAAGAGCAUCAGUGAAAAAUUCUGAAAGUAGUACUUUGCAAAUGGAAAAGGAGUUUAGUGCACCUGUACAGCAAUCUGCAGAAAGCACUGUUGUAAAAACAGCAGGUGCAUUGCCAACAACUGGAGAGAAGAGCUUUAUUGAGAUACAGUCUGAAGUUAGCAUUGUACGGGCAGAAGAAUACUUACCAAAAUCUGAGCUGAAGAGGUCUGAGACUCUUGCAGAAAUAACAAGUGAAUUGACCAUAUCUGGACAGAAAAGUUAUGUUGCACAACAUGAGAAAGAGUUGAAUAUAUCUGUACAGGAAACUGCAAUCAAAGUACAGUCUGAGACUGCUACAAAGAAACUGUCUAAAAGUAGUAUUGUACAAGAAGAAAAGGUAUCUAAAUUUGUGCCGGACAGCACCACAAAGGUACAAUCUGACACCAGCGUUGUAAAAAUAACAGAAGAAUUGACUACAAAAGGACAGGAGAGUCCUGCAAAGAAACAGUCUGAAAGUAACACUGUACAAGCAGGAAAAGACUUGUCUAAAUCUUUGCUGAAUAGCACUAUCAAAUUACAGUCUGAGAACGUUGUAGAAGCAACUAGUGAAUUGACUACAUCUGGACAAAAAAGUUCUGUUAAGAUACAGUCUGAGGCUGGCAUUGCACAAAAGGAAUUAACCAGGACUGAACUGGAAAGUUCUGCUAAGAAACAAUCUGAAAGAAAUAUUGUACAAUUGGGAAAAGACUUGCCUAUGUCUGUCCAGAAUGUUGUUGAAGCAACAAGUGAAUUGACUAUACCUGGACAAAAAACUAAGAAGCCAUCUGAGUAUAGUGUUCAGCAAAAGGAAGAAGAGUUGAGUACAUCUGAACAGCAAACUAAAAUCAUCAAAGUACAAUCUGACGGUGAGGUUGUAAAACAAAUUGGUGAAUUGUCUGGGACUGGACAGGAGAGCUCUAAGAAUCUGUCUGAAAGUAUUAUGCAAACACAAAAAGUCUUGCCUAGAUCUGAGCAGAAUGCUGUAGAAGCAACAAACAGUUUGACUUCAUCUGGACAACAACAUACUGUUCAGAAACAAUCAGAGGUUGUUAUUACACAGACUGAAAGCAAAUUGCCUGUACCUGAACAUGAAAUUUAUACAACCCAACAGCAAUCCAAAAGUAACGUUUCAUGUGCAGAAGACAAAGGGCCUAUCUUGGUGCAACAAAAUGCUGUCAAGGGGCAGUCUGAGAGCAGUGUUGUGAAAACAGUAAAUGAGCCACCUACAACUAAAAAGGAAAGUAAAGAGAAGAAACAGUUUGACAGUAACACUGUGCACACUGGCAAUGGUUUGCCAGAAUUGGUAGAACAGUGCACAAAAGAAAAGAAAGAUUUGUCUUUGAAUGCCACAGCUUCAGCAGAAUAUCCAAACAAAUUCAAGUCUAAUAAAACCCAGAAUGAGUCAGCAGAAAAAGCAUCUUUAGAACAGGUGCAAGACAGUUCCAAUAAAGAAGAGAACAAGCUCCCAACAUCAAACAUCACAGGAGAGCCUUUACAAAAUGUUCAGAUGGAAAGCCUAUCACAACCCACUUCUGUUACAGCUAUACAAAGCAAUACAACCAAACCACAAAAAAGUGAAAAAGAAGCCACAACAUCAUUAACAGAUAUUACUAUGUCAGAGUUUAAGAAUAAAAAACCUUUACAGUACAGUGACUUGAAUACAGGUCCAGAAGUUCUGCAGAACGCAGCAGCAGUAGCAUCAGCAACCCAGUAUAUUGUGGGGGCAAAGUGUCGAUUGUCCUCUGAGAUUGUACUGAAAAGUCCAGAUCAAUUCAAUAAGAGAGACACAGAUGUUGAACAGCAUUUUGGACAAAAAGAGCAAAAUGUAGAAAAUAAGCUAAAUACCUCUGAAAGUGAUGAUGGUGUCUUGGACACAUCAGGUGAUUUAGAGAGUUUUGUAGAAAACAUCAGGAACUUGGGCAGCACGUUUUCUUUUCCACAGAAGAGGGUAAAGCCUCUUAAAUCACCAGCACCACCCUUUGCCAUGCCACCCAUCAAGGAAGACCGGUUUGAGAAAACUCUUGAUCCAGAUGUCUUCAAGUUUGGUUUAGGGAAAAAAGAAAAAUCAAGAGAGACACCCUCAUCAACACUGUUCAAGCUGCAAAGCAUGGACACAAAAAGCAAGUUCAUCCCCAAACGAUCAAGUGCAGAACAGAGUAUGCUGUUCAAAUCACACCAGUCGCUAAGCACGAACAGUGUGGAAACUCAGAAUCCAGACAUCUCCGAGAAUGAGUCUGUAGAUGCUGUUGUCAGAAGGUCACGUCUUGAGAAAAGCUCUAUUGUUUCAAGCCUGCUUAGUCCAUCAACAACACCACGGAUAAAUCUGUCUGCAACAACAAGUAAAGCUCUUAGUACUGUGCUUUCACGUACUGAAACCGAAUCAGAGUUAUCUCAAGAAACUAAGAGCACAACUUCUCUGUUCUUGCCCUCCACUUCAUCACAACUUGAUUUGCUUACAGGCACAUCCCAGACUCCCUUAUUGCUAAAUGGAAUAGAUGGAAAUAUAAAAGAAGAUGCUAAACCAUCAUUUUUGACAAAUGACUUGCUUGAUCCACCUUCAGUUGAGUUCCCAACCCCACCAUUUUUGGAUAUUAAAUUGCCAACUAUUGUGGACAAAUACCUGAAACCAGACAACACAAAAACAGCACUAGUUCUGGAAAAUAGCUUCCAAAUGCCAGAGUUCAAACUUCCUAAAUUUCCUAAGUCAGGGCUGGAGCCCAGCAGUGACUAUAAUGACAACAGGUUUGCCAACAGGAGCCAGAAUUUCUCAGGAUUAUAUAACCCCAGCCUACUUGGACCUCAGGCCUUUAUCCCUGGAAUGCCAACUGAAAACAUGGAGAUUCCUAUUUCAGACCAGAGAAGGACCCACAAGAGACCUGGGAAGCUGGUAAUUUAUGAUCAACCCCAGUUCUCAGGGGAAGCUAAUGAAAUCUUCAGAGACGUAGAAGAUGCCACUUCAUUUAAAUUAUCGUCUGUCAUUUCUGUAAGGGUGGUAAGAGGAUGCUGGAUUUUCUAUGAAAAGCCGCACUUUCAAGGCCGGUCAAUAGCUUUGGAAGAGGGGCAGACAGAGCUGGUAAAUAUCUGGAAUGAAGUGGCCUGUGAAGAGAAUGCUGCUGGUGAGAGCAAGCCUGACACUGCAGCUCAUAUGGUGAUCGGCUCCGUUAGGCUAGCAGUAAAGGAUUACAGUGUACCUGAGAUUGACCUGUUCACUGACCCCAAAGGCAUGGGAAGAAAGAUGACCUUCUUUGAUGAUACGUUGGAGACAUACACAUAUGGAAUACCAGUAAACACGUCAUCUAUCAAAGUCCAUUCUGGAGUUUGGCUUCUUUUUGAAGAGCCUGGUUUCUGUGGAUGUUCCUGUAUCUUGGAGCCAGGAGAAUACCCCUGCCCAGAGUCCUGGGGCUUUCAGCAUCCUAUAGUCGGAUCACUUAGGCCACUGAAAAUGGGUGGACUGAAGGUAGAGCAUCCUAAUGAGCCCAAGGCUAUUGUUUAUGAGAAGCCAUUUUUUGAAGGGAAGCAUUUGGAGAUUGAAAGUGAUGCUUUUAGCUUCAAUGAAGGUGAUGACAGUGAAGAUUGCGUCACCUGUUGGGUAAAGAAAUUGGGAUCUGUUGGCUCAGUUAAAAUCCUGCGAGGCAUCUGGGUGGGAUAUGAGAAGCCAGGUUUCGAAGGGCAUCAGUAUUUGAUGGAGGAAGGACAGUUUGAAAAUUGGAAAGACUGGGGUGGUUACUGUGAGCAGCUCCAAUCUUUACGACCCAUAAUCGCAGACUUUUUGGCUCCACACAUGAAGAUGUACAGUGAGAAGGAUUUUGGUAAAAAGGGUCACACCAUUGACUUGCUGGGGCUGGUUCCAAACAUGGAAGACACAGGCUUUGGUCAAAUUACACAGUCUGCCGAAGUAAUUAGUGGUGUAUGGGUUGCUUUUGAGGGUCCUGGUUUUUCUGGGCAACACUAUGUCCUGGAAAAAGGAAUGUACAGUAGCUUUGAGGACUGGGGAGCCCAAACCUUCAAGCUCUCCUCUGUUCAGCCCAUAUUUCUGGAGAACAUAUAUGGAUCGAAGGUGAAAUUUCGGGUUCAAUUGUUCUCGGAGCCUGAUUUCCAAGGUAGCAGUCAGACACUGGAAGAAAGUGCGUCAGUGCUUCCUGAAGGAAUCUCUGUGAAGUCAUGCAAGGUUUUGACUGGCAGCUGGGUGGUAUACGAAGAGGAGAUGUUCGGGGGGAAACAAUAUUUGGUGGAAGAAGGAAAUUACCCUGACCUGACUGCAAUUGGCUGUCCCAGUCUGAACACAUGCAUCAAAUCUGUACAGAUUCUAGGUUUUGAAUUUUCUGAGCCAUACAUUAUGCUUUUUGCAAAAGAAAACUUCAGAGGGAAGAAAAUUGUUCUAAAGGACAUGGCUGCCAACCUACAGUUACUGGGGUUCAAUGCCCACAUCUUCUCUGUGCAAGUGGGUGGAGGAAUGUGGGUUGUUUAUGAACAGAUUAAUUAUAGAGGAGAGCAGAUGUUACUGGCACCAAGUGAAAUACCAUCCUGGCACAGAUACAGUGGGUGGCACAAGAUAGGCUCCUUACGGCCUGUGUUUCAGAAACAAGUAUUCUUUAAACUUCGGAACAGGGCAACAGGCACCCUCAUGUCAGUGACAGGCAGUCUGGAGGAUAUUAAACUGUCAAGAAUCCAGGCUGUGGAAGAUACUGGAGCUGAGGACCACAUCUGGUCUUUCCGAGAAGGACUGCUCAGAUGCAAGGCGGUAGAGGACUGUUGUUUAGAAACUACAGGAACCAUUGUGAUAGCUGGUUGCCGACUAGGCCUGUCACCAGAGCCAGGAAAAGAGAAUCAUUUCUGGAGCAUCAGUCCUGAUGGUUUAGUAAGAUUUAGGAUGAGACCGGAUUGUGUUUUGGAAGUAAAAGGAGGUCAACAAUAUGAUAAAAACCAAGUGAUCUUAAAUACGUUUGAUGAAAACAAACAGAAUCAGAGAUGGGAUAUGGAAAUCCUGUAAACUGCUUUCACGCACAAACAGAAAAAGCCAUGGUGUGCCAGCUUCUGAUGGCGGGCUUAAAUAAUAAAGUUGAUAUCAGGUUCUUUGUACACUGCCUGACACCUAUUAAUAUAAAAAAACGUUUUAUUAGACACUAUUUUUACUUCUAUUCUGUAUUCUUUAGUUCCAUAUGUAACCAACUAGAAGAAAAACAUGUGAAAGCUUUCCUCCCAAGACAGACAGUGGUGGUGUGUACAGUGGUUUGCUGCUCUUGGGUAUACAGCGUUACAUUAUGUACAUUUUCCUCUUUGACUGCAAGUCAUUUUUUGUUUGUUUUUUUUUUUUUUUUUUUUUUUUGGAAAUGUAAUAAACAAAGGGGUUGUGGCUUUCAAUUUCUCCUUUUUUUCAAAACACUUUCAAAUUAUUUGUUUUAAAGGCUUUUCUAGUUCAUUUUAGCAAAGGGCUGGUCCUAAUAAGCAGUUUUCCAUAUUUCUGAAAUGGCAGCACUAUUAAGGUGCACUAUCACUCCUGUCAUUUAAAGAUGCCUUAUUUAUUUUUUGGAAUUCCCUUGACUUCUAUAGAACACUCAUAGCUGCACAGGGGUGUGGCCUCAAUAAGAAAACACUCACGUUACUCACUAAAGGCUUCUGGAAGAUACUUAAGUCCUCUGUUACGCGUUUGUUUUAUAAUAAUGCUUGGCACAAACAACUAAAACAAAAUAAAUGUGAAACUAAUGGUUUGUUUGCUGAUUAUAAAACAAAUGUAUCUCCCUAUUUUUAACUGCACUGAAUUGUUAUAACUGCAGCCAUGUCAUGACACAAGUGAAUGACACUAUCAUUCACAUAUUUAAAUGAGUAGCCUAUAGAUAUUUUUAAUAAAGACUACAAAAAUAUUCUAAACCAGUGGCAUUCAUCCUAAUAAAUAACUUUGUUUUUGUACUGUGCUUGAGUUGUAUGACUCUAGUCUAUUUUUGUGGAUGCGUGGGUUAGCAUUUUAUUCCAUUAAAAGCUACACUUUUUCAAAGGUGUAUAUUAAUUUUUAACAUGAAUAACCAACAAG